GGCGAAGAUGAAGAGAUUGGAGGAGGAGAUGAAGAGGGUACAACAGGAGGAGGAAGAAAGAAGGAAGGUUGCCGAAGCAGAAGCGACAGCAAAAGAAGAGAAAGAGAGGAUGAGAAUUGAGAGUGGGGAAGGAAGUAGUGGUGGCACGAUGAAGUGGGAGACAGAUACUGAGCUGGAGAAGAAGAUCAGCGAGUGGGUCGCUAAUUUAUCGUUGGGGGAAGACGAAGAGGCGGAGUCCUAUGUGAUUAAGGAUGAGAAGGCUGCGCUGGCCGCUGAACUAGCGGCCAUGACAGACCCAAUGGAACGAAGAGAGAGGGAAGACGAGCAAAAGUUAGCAUGGAAGUUGAGAAUGAAGAGGGAGAAGAAGAGGAGGAGAGAGGAAGUGAAUAAGAUGACCGCCGCAGUGGCAAAGGAGCAGGAGUGUAGAGCGGAGAUGCUGGCCCAGCCAGAUGAUAAGGCCAAGUGGGACAAAGUACUGGGCUAUCUAGAGGUGUUGAGCAAGGCCUGGAUGGAGGAGCGCCAGACAAGCUGGAGCCAGGAUGUAGCGUUGAGUGCCAUGCGAUCCGGGUUCAGGGAUUUUGCGCGCGAAAUCGUCACCCAUAUUGGGGGUGAAGUCAAGCAAUUCAGAGACAACGUAGGGAAGUUUUGUGAGGGCGCCAUUCAGGGUGCCAAAGCUGCAGCCGCUGUAGAAGGAGAGGCCAGACCACGUAAGGACCCAGUGAAACUUAAGUUCCCAGACGCGUACGGGGGGAAGAAGGACGAGAACUUUGACAACUGGGAGGCCAGUGUCAAUAGUUACAUUUAUUUACAACAUAUCCUGAUGGAGGAGCAAGUCCUCGUGGCCUUCCAGGCCCUGAAGGAUGAAGCGGCUAGCUUUGCCAGGUCUCUCGCGCGUACAGUCGGUUGUGAAAACAACCUGGUUGCAUAUUCCAAAGUCACUCCUCUUUCCCGAUUCCUCAAGCUCCCCAAGGAGCGGUUCGCUGACCCAAUGUGAGGCAUUAGAGCCUCUGAUAAGCUCCAAACGA